AUGGCGCUGGCGCCGCGCCGCUCCGUCGCCGACCCGGACAGGGCCCGGUUGCAUCAGCUUGGAUACAAGCAGGAGCUCAAGCGCGGCCUCUCUGUGGUCUCCAACUUCGCCUUCUCCUUCGCCAUCAUCUCCGUGCUGACGGGCGUGACGACAACCUACAACACCGGCCUCCGCUACGGCGGGCCGGCGUCCAUGACGCUGGGCUGGCUCGUCGUGGCGACCUUCAACGGCUGCGUGGCGCUGUCCAUAUAUGGCGGAGAUCUGCUCCGCCUACCCGACCUCCGGCGGCCUCUACUACUGGAGCGCCAAGCUCGCCGGCAAGAACUGGGCCUCGCUGGCUUCCUGGGUCACCUGAUGGUUCAACAUCGUGGGACAGGUAUGUGGGCAGGUACGAUGAGCAUCGACUUCUCGUUGGCUCAGCUUGUCCAGGUGAUCAUCCUGCUCGGCACCGGGGGAGCCAACGGCGGUGGCUACAUGGCCUCCAAGUACGUCCUGGUCGCCAUCUACGGCGUCAUCCUCAUCCUGCACGGCCUCAUCAACUGCCUCCCCAUCCACUGGCUCUCAUGGUUUGGUCACCUAGGGGUCUUCUGGAAUACAGCAGGUGUCUUCGUCAUGGUGAUCUUGCUUCCAGCGGUUGCCAAGGAGAGAGCGAGCGUGGAGUUCAUCUUCACCCACUUCAACACAGAGAAUGGCAUGGGAAUCCACGACAAGGCAUACAUUCUCUUCGUUGGGUUGCUCAUGAGCCAGUACUCCCUCCUUGGCUACGACACAUCUGCUCACAUGUCACUUGGGAGCCAAGUGGCGUUCCAGGCGAUGGUGUCCGUGGCGACCACCGGGCUAUACAUCGCGUACGCGCUGCCCAUCUUCUUCCGCGUCACGACGGCCCGGAAAUCCUUUGUCCCGGGGACGUUCAACCUUGGGAGGUACGGCCUCGCCGUCGGCUGGGUAGCCGUCGCCUAG